AAAUCAACGGAGGAGUGAGUGUCAGUCCGGGGCUCGUGUUGGGAUCAUAAUUACAUCGGAGCACGGAGCUAUUCAGUUUGUUUCGGUUUGGUAAAGUGUCAACUAAGGGCUUUUCGUGGAAGCCCAAAGUGAAAAAAAUCUUAUUCAACGUGAGUGAACGAACAAAAAGUCUGGUUUUUUUCGCGACCAAUAACUUCACGAAAGCUUUACUACUUUACCCAACAUGGAGACGGGUCUGCACGAAAGGGAUCGUGCUGGCGUCCAGGACUUUGUUCUCCUCGAGAACUACAAGAGCGAAGAUGCCUUCAUUGAGAACUUGAAGAAGCGCUUCCAGGAGAACCUUAUCUAUACCUACAUUGGCCAGGUGUUGAUCUCUGUGAAUCCCUACAAGCAGCUGCCCAUUUACUCCGAUGCCCACAUCAAGGAGUACAAGAACAAGCACUUCUACGAGAUGCCUCCCCACAUCUUUGCCGUGACGGACAAUGCCUUUCGUUCUCUGAUCGAAGAGAACCGUGGCCAGUGUGUGCUGAUCUCCGGCGAGAGUGGUUCCGGCAAGACGGAGGCCUCCAAGAAGGUGCUGCAGUUCAUUGCCGCCUGCUCCGGCAACCAGACCACCGUCGAGGGUGUCAAGGACAAGCUCCUGAAGAGCAAUCCCGUGCUGGAGGCCUUCGGUAAUGCCAAGACCAACCGCAACGACAACUCGUCUCGUUUUGGAAAGUACAUGGACAUCCAGUUCGACUAUAAGGGUGCCCCCAUUGGCGGCAAUAUCCUGAACUAUCUGCUGGAGAAGUCCCGUGUGGUGGCCCAGAUGAACGGAGAGCGCAACUUCCACAUCUUCUACCAGCUGCUGGCGGGAGCCGAUGAUACUUUGUUGCAGGAACUGCGUCUGGAGCGGGCUCUGGACAGCUACAGUUACCUCACCGAUGGGAAAAAGGGAAAUGUGUCCACCAUCAACGACUUGGAAAACUUCAAGCAAGUCCAGCAGGCCCUGGGAGUGAUCGACUUCAGUCCCGAGGAGCAGCGCGAGAUCUUCGGCAUUGUGGCCAGUAUUCUGCAUUUGGGUAAUGUUGGAUUCAAUGAGGUGGAGGGCAACGCAAAGGUCAACAGCCGUGACCUGGUGGUGACUGCCUCGCGACUGCUGGGUGUGAAUGCCAGCGAAUUGGAGGCAGCACUGACCCACCGCACCAUCGAUGCUCGCGGAGAUGUGGUGACCUCUCCCCUCAACCAGGAGCUGGCCAUCUACGCCCGAGAUGCCCUGGCCAAGGCUGUGUACGACAGACUCUUCUCCUGGCUGGUGAAGCGUCUGAACAUCUCCCUGCAGGCCAAGGAUACGACCCGCGGUGCUCGUAACAAUGUGAUGGGUAUCCUGGAUAUCUACGGCUUUGAGAUCUUCCAGAAGAACAGCUUCGAGCAGUUCUGCAUCAACUUCUGCAACGAGAAGCUGCAGCAGCUGUUCAUCGAGCUGACCCUGAAGUCCGAGCAGGAUGAGUACCGCCGGGAGGGAAUUGAGUGGAUUCCAGUCGAGUACUUCGACAACAAGGUCAUCUGCAAUCUGAUCGAGGAGAAGCACAAGGGUAUUAUUUCCAUUUUGGAUGAGGAGUGCCUGCGACCGGGUGAUCCCACCGAUAAGACCUUCCUGCAGAAGCUCACUACCAAGCUGUCCGAGCACCACCACUACGUUUGCCACGAGAAGGCACCCACCCACAUCCAAAAGAUCAUGCUGCGCGAUGAGUUCCGGCUGGUCCACUACGCCGGUGAGGUGACCUACAGCGUUAACGGCUUCCUGGACAAGAACAACGAUCUGCUCUUCCGGGAUCUGAAGGAGACGCUUAGCAAGGCCGGCAACGCCAUUGUCAGAAGCUGUUUCCCCGAGCAGGAGCUGCGCAGUAAGAAGCGUCCGGACACGGCCAUCACCCAGUUCCGUGCCUCGCUGAACAACCUCAUGGAAAUCCUGAUGUGCAAGGAGCCCAGCUACAUCCGCUGUAUCAAACCCAACGACCUCCAAACUCCAUCGGUGUUUAACGAUGAGCUGGUGCUGCACCAGGUCAAGUAUCUGGGUCUGAUGGAGAACCUGAGGGUGAGGAGAGCCGGCUUCGCCUACCGACGCACCUACGAGCUCUUCUUGGAGCGCUACAAGUGUCUGAGCAAGAACACCUGGCCGAACUGCAAGGGACCGGGCGGUCCCAAGGCCGGAGUACAGCAGCUGGUCAAGGAUUUGGGCUGGGACGACGAGAAGUACCGUGUGGGUGAGACGAAACUCUUUAUCCGCUGGCCCAGGACUCUGUUCGACACGGAAGACGCCUACCAGGCCAAGAAGCACGAAAUUGCCGCCAUCAUCCAAGCCCACUGGAAGGGUCUGGUACAGAGGAGGAAGUACCUGAAGCUGCGUGCUCAGGUGAUCGUGUUGCAGAGCUACUGCCGAAGGAGGUUGGCCCAACAGGCGGCCAAGCAGCGCCGAGAGGCGGCGGACAAGAUUCGAGCCUUCAUCAAGGGCUUCAUCACCAGGAACGAUGCUCCCAACGGCUUCAACGAGGAGUUCAUUGCCAACUCCAAGCGCAUGUGGCUGCUUCGACUGGCCAAGGAACUCCCCAAGAAGGUCUUGGACAAGAGCUGGCCCCAUGCUCCCGGCCACUGCGAGGAGGCCUCCGCGUACCUUCACCGCCUGCAUCGCCUGCACCUGGCCAGGAUCUACCGCUUGGGCUUGACGCCGCAGCAGAAGCGCCAGUUCGAGCUGAAGGUCCUUGCCGAAAAGGUAUUCAAGGGCAAGAAGAACAACUAUGCGUCGAGUGUGCCCACCUGGUUCCAGGAGGAUCGCAUUCCCAAAGAGCACAUCCAGAAGGUCAACGAUUUUGUGGCCAGCACCUUCGGGAGCGAGCAGCUCAAGUACCAGACCUUCUGCACCAAGUUCGAUCGGCACGGCUACAAGUCCCGCGAUCGCUUCAUCCUGCUGAGCAACAAGGCCAUCUAUGUCCUGGAUGGAAAGACCUACAAGCAGAAACACCGCCUGCCGCUGGAUAAGAUUGACUUUACGCUGACGAACCACAACGACGACCUGAUGGUUAUCCGCAUUCCAUUGGAGCUUAAGAAGGACAAGGGUGACCUGAUCCUGAUCAUUCCCCGCAUCAUUGAGUUCAGCACCUACAUUAUCGACACCGUGGGCACGGCCCAGAUCGUCUCCAUUGUGGACAGAGAUUCGCUGGAGCACAAUGUGGUCAAGGGCAAGGGCGGUGUCAUUGACAUCCAAACGGGUGCCGAGCCGGGAGUGGUGCGUGAUAAGAGCGGCCAUCUUGUUGUUAUUGCUGGACAAUAAGGAAUUUUGCAACGAGUUUCUAUCAAGUGGCUUUAAAUGAAAACCUUUUGUAUUGUUAUAUUCAUGUAAUUUAUAUUGUACUUAUGUAUUUUUGUUACUGCCGCCCAAGCGAGAUGUGUAAUAUGAAUUUUAUACGACUAUGUUCCCAUUAAAUGUAUAUUGUUUACAAAAAUAUUUAUAAAUAUAUGAGAAUUUGUAUUA